CAGUCAUUUCAUUUAAAACCGCGCUAGGCAUGGUUCGAGCCAUACAUCGCUGAGUUUUACAGCGCGAUCAGACACAGGGCUUCACUGUCAGCUCUGAUCAUGUGCGAUUGUUAGAGUGAGCAAACUAGACAACAUCUUAACUGCACUUAUCCUCUGUUUAAGGACAGUCGGCUGACUUCGGCUUUGAUUUUGUGAUGGCAGAACCGCAGCAACAGCUGGUUGACAUCGACCCGGAUUUCGAGCCUCUCUCCCGGCCGCGCUCAUGCACCUGGCCGCUGCACCGACCGGAGUUCAGCGAGCCGGGGAGCUCCAACACCUCCUCCCCGGCACCGUCCGUCAAGCCUGAGCAAGGUAUCGUGGACUUUAUCAACAGCCUAAGUUUACUAGAAGAGACCGAGGACUACCAGGAGGAGAAACCCGUCCUUUUGAACGACUUCCACUGCCAGGACAACUGCGUUCAUCCCCAGCAACAGCAUCCCCAGCAGCCGAAUACCCAGCUGACGCACCCGCAACAGGUGCCGCCGCUCCCCGCCCCUGCCAGCAGCUCCAGCCCUGCAGCGGCCCAGAGGAAGAGCAGCUCGUCUCGCAGGAACGCCUGGGGGAAUAUGUCAUACGCUGACCUCAUCACCAAGGCGAUCGAGAGCUCCCCUGAGAAGCGGCUCACCCUGUCUCAGAUCUAUGAGUGGAUGGUGAAGAGCGUGCCUUACUUCAAAGAUAAGGGCGACAGCAACAGCUCAGCCGGCUGGAAGAACUCAAUCAGACACAAUCUGUCCUUGCACAGUCGUUUCAUGCGCGUCCAGAAUGAAGGAACGGGGAAGAGCUCGUGGUGGAUGCUGAACCCUGAGGGGGGAAAGAGUGGCAAGUCUCCACGCCGGAGAGCCACUUCCAUGGACAACAACAGCAAGUUCACGAAGAGCCGCGGACGAGCAGCCAAGAAAAAGAUGUCGAUGCAGGGUGGACUGGAUGGUAGUUCUAACAGUCCUGGUUCUCAGUACCCAAAAUGGCUCGGCAGCCCCAACUCUCACAGCAAUGAAGACUUUGAACCCUGGACCACCUUUCGUACCCGCGCCAGCUCUGAUGCCAGUACGCUCAGCGGCCGUCGCUCACCCUUCCUACCUGAGGAGGAUGAGGCUGGUGAGGUUCCCAUCGGGUACCCAGGCACCAAACUGGGUGGCCCCCUCCCCAGCCUGUCCGAAGUGGCGGGUCACCACGGUUCUGAGAACGUGAUGAUGGACAAUCUCUUAGACAACCUCAACCUCAUCUCACCCAAAAAUAACACCCAGGGCAGCCAAGACACCCAAACUGCAUUGUCUUCGUCCAUGAUGCAGGGUAGCCCUGGGUACCCGUCUUACAACUCUCCCAGUAUGGGUCCUCAGCCCCAAGUCCAGCAGGACUACCGGAGGUGCCUGUAUGGACAGGCCGGGAUGGGCGGACAGAGUCCCAUUGCCAUACCGACUUUAUCAGACAGUCAACCAGGAGGCUACGGACCCUUCGUGAGUCAGUACAACUGUGCCGCAGGGUUGCUCAAAGAGCUGCUGACCGCAGAAGCCGAUCCGAGAGGGGACAUGAUGCAGCCUUUAGAGUCAGUGGGGUCUGGAGAAGGGCGACGGGUGCUACCUAGCUAUGCUAGUCAGGGACAAAUGGGACAGGGGGGCAAAAUGAUCACCCAUCCUCACCUGCAUGGGCACCCGCGCUUGCUUCAUCAAUUGCCAUCACCAGCAAUAGGUAUGAACGGCUGUGCCCUGUUGCCCCACGGGCAUCCUGUUCGCCUCGGUAACAUGAAGCUACAACCACACCUGCCUCAUCAUGCUCAACUGGGUAGAGGUGGAGGCGAAGCCAGAAUGCCAAAUUACUCCAAUGGCAACGGUUUCCACAGGCACGGACCGGGUCCUCACCACCAUCACAGCCACCCGGAGCGGCUGCCCAGUGACUUAGAUGACAUGUCGAUCGAGCAGCUGGAGUGUGACGUAGAAACCGUCCUUCACGACACGCUCAUGGACGGCGAUGCUCUGGACUUCAACUUCGACCCCAUGAGCAGUCAACAGAGUUUCCCACAUGGAGUCAAGACCAACACACAUAGCUGGGUAUCGGGAUAAACACCUUAUAUACUCAAACAUAUACACAUUGGCGAGGAAGGCUGUUUUUGAUUUAUAAUAUGAAUUAAUCAUAACAAAUGUGUGUCAAUAUAUAUGUAAAUAUGUCAUAGACAUAUAGCAGGUCAAUCAACAGUUGACUAAAGCAGACUGAAUGCUGUAGGUCAUACCAAAAGGCUACACAUACAAGAGAGAUUACAAGCUUACAUUUCCUUCCCAUCUGCAAGGACUCAAUUAUUAAAAGUCUAAAAUAAAACAAUUACGAACGAAAAUAAAACAAAAGUAAAAUAAAUAAAUAGAUUUUUGGCAUCAUUGAAGCCCAUCUCCGCACAGUUACGACUUUAUUUGCCGUAAUUCUGUCUUUAUUUCUCACAA